AUGAAGACCAUUCUCAUCAAUCAGACUGUCAACAUUCCAAAGGAUGUGGACAACACUCGGAAAGGACCCACUAUCGUUGUGAAGGGCCCCAGAGGAGCCCUGCGAAGGGACCUCAAUCACAUCAACGUAGAGUUCAGUCUCCUUGGAAAGAAAAAGAUGACGCUCUGGGUUGACAAAUGGUGGGAAACUUGGAAAGAACUGACUACUGUUCGCCCUAUCUGUAGUCACAUACAGAACAUGAUCAAGGGCGUCGCCCUGGGCUCCUGUUACCAGAUGAGGUCUGUAUGUGCUCACUUCCCCAUCCAUGCUGUUAUUCAGGAGAAGGACUCUCUUGUUGAAAUCCAAAAUUUCCUGGAUGAAAAAUACAUCUGCGGAGUUCAGAUGAGGACAGGUGUUGUUUGUUCAGUAUCUCAGGCCCAAAAAGCUGAAUUAGUUCUUGAAGGAAAUGACAUUGAACUCACAUCAAAGUCAGCUGCUGUGAUGCAGCACACCUCAAAAGUUGAAAACAAGGAGAGCAGAAAACUUCUGGAUGAUUAG